GUAUCAAACUGCGUAGUCUCUUUUGGUCAGCUGUUAUUAUCACGAACGAAUAUUGGUCUUGGCGCGUAUAUAUGUUUCAUCGUCACUAUAAUAACUAAUAUUAAAAUAAACAAAGUAAAUCGAAUCAAUUGAUGUAGUUUCGGACAAUACUUUUGAUAGAAUUUUAGUUAUGUUGUGUUGUGACAUAUGACGUAUAAUAUAAAAUCGAACGUCAAAAUGUUGAAUUUGAUCUAGUUGAUCUAUAUAAUGAACUUACUGCCAAACUAAACAAGAAAAACUAUGAGAUAUAAGAAAUCAUGAAUAAGGGCUGAUGCUGAGGUUCUUCAUACCCUAUAAUCAGUAAUAUAUAAUCAAAAUUACAAUGGUGCGCCGUGCUACAUGCUACGAAGCAUUGUCCUUGGCAAUAAGACAAAAUUCAGUAAAAUAUACAAAAUAUAUUUUAAGGCGAUCAAAUGGAUUGGUUAUUCACAACAACUGGACAGAUUAUCUGCUUCUGAUUAAGACUCUUCAGCGUGGUCAUAGAAAAAUUGUAAAACUUCUGCUAAAGGAAAACUGCAGAGUCAAUAAAAUAGAAAAUACCAAUUUUUUCCAUACUCCGCUUUAUUAUGCUACUAGAUUAGGAGAUGUUGAUCUAGUGAGAAUGUUGUUGAGCAAAGGUGCCUUGAUUAAUGGCAGAGAUUUUAACAAGGAUACAUCACUUUGUUUAGCCUUAAAAAUGAAGUAUUAUAAAAUUGUUGAUAUUAUGCUUUCACAUUAUUUAAAUCAAGUUUUAGAGAUAUAUGUAUCUAGUCAAAAUAGUGAUGAUACCAUUGCCUUCAGUGCAGCUUGUUUGAGAAAUAAAGAAAGAGUUGUUGAGGAGUUUAUAAGAAGAGGAAUGACAGUCAAUAUCCAUCUAGAUUCGAGUUUACAUAAUGCUUUUAAUUGCACUCCACUGCACAUUGCCGUGAAACACCAAAAUUUGGAAGUGAUUCAUGUACUUUUGAAAAAUGGCGCCAACUUUACUGCUAAGAAUGGUUUAGGGCAAACACCAUUACAUUUAGCAUAUUAUAUGAGAGAAAAGUGUUAUCCUUACAAAGAUUGUUGCAAAAUUAUAGAUAUUCUCUUGGCUGCUUUUGAGUCAAGGGCUACUCCAAAUCCUCUUACAGAGGAUAAUCUAGGAUUAUCCAGUUUUCACAUAGCAUGCACAAGAGAUCAGAUAGAUAUAAUCAAGUAUUUCUUGCAUCAAGGAGUAGAUGUUAAUAAAUCUGUUUAUUUUGAUUCUCCUACUUGUGCUGGAUAUACACCGUUACAUUUUGCAAUAGAAAACAGACAUAAAAAUGUUGUUGAAUUACUCUUGGAACAUGGAGCUAGUACAAUCAUGAAAAAUAUGAGUGGACAGACACCGUUUCAUCUAGCUUUUAGUUUCUUUUAUUCAGAUCAUGACUUUUUAGAUUCUAUCUUGAAUAAAUAUGUUCCAAAAAAUGUGAAUCCUAUCAAUAACUUUGGAUUGUCACAUUUGCACAUUGCGUGUACUACUCGAAACACCAAUGCAAUAGAAUCUUUUCUUGAAAAUCAUGCUGAUGCUAUUAAUAAAAGAGUAAAUUUUGAUGCGUCCAAGUGUCCUGGAUAUACUCCUUUGCACUUUGCAGUUGACUUCAAUAGAAAAGAAGCUGUUGAAAUUCUUUUACAACAUAAUGUUGAUAUUAAUUUAAAAGAUAAAAAUGGUUUCACACCCCUGCAUUUGGCUUGUCAACAAAACGCUAAGAAAAUUCAUACAAUACUCAGAAAUUCACUUAGUCCUAUUAUGUUCGAAAUUAUAAAUUCAGAUCAUUCACUCUUUUUCUUUAAAGAAUCACCCACAAUAAGUACAAAACAUAAAGUCAUAGAUCUAGAUUUGAUAGCCAAGCAGACAAUGCAAGUGGAAAUUGUUGAUUUACUGCUGAGGCACAAGAGUGACCUUGACUCACAAGAUGAGUUUGGAAAAACGCCCUUGUUUUAUGCUUGUGAUAUUGACCAUAAGACAUUUGAGUGUGCGUUUGGCAAAAAUAUGACCCAGUAUUUGCACAAAAUAUUAAAUUUGUUCUACAUCAAGCGUAGUCAGAUUUUAGAGACACUCUUGCGUUAUAAACCUCAUGUUAAUAUUUAUGAUAAUAAUGGCAAAACAGUUUUGCACUAUGUUGCAGAAAUUGAUAAACCAUUUGGUGAUGACAAAAAGGCUGAAGUAGCUACAGUAUUACUUGACAACGGAGCAGAUGUUAAUGCUAGAAAUAAAACAGGCUUAACUCCUCUUCACAUAGCACUUAAAAAAGGGUACGUAGAUUUAGUUGAGGUCUUGUUAAAGUACAAUGUGGAUCCAAAUAUAGCAGAGUAUGAAAAUUUUUGUACUGCAUUACAUCUGGCAACCUUUAAUGACUUUCUGGCACCAAAAUCGGAAGAAAUCGUUAGUGCUCUGAUAUCUAAAGGAGCAGACGUGGAUCGCAGACAGUUGGAUGGCAAAACUUCACUUCACAUAGCAGCUUCUACUCGCUUUUCAACUAGCAGAUUGAUUCCUCUGCUGGAGGUGGAUUGUGAUAUUGACUGUCAAGACUCCAAGGGCAAAACUGCUUUGCAUAUGGCCUGUUUGAAUAGAAAUCCAGACAAUGUUCAGAACCUAUUAAGGCAUGGAGCUGACUUUAAUAUCACUGAUAGAUAUGGUAGAACAGCAUUCUUUUAUUUUUAUGAAUACCAAAUAGAGGUGCUGGAGUGCAGGCGAACUAUCUACAAUUUUCAUCAGAUAUACUAUAUAUUCAAGGACCAUAUCAGGCGACUCAAGUCUAUAGAUUUCUAUGUCAGCUGGGAGAACAUGUCAUACUAUAUGAAGUUGAAAGAUUUGCACAGACAGCAACAAGUUAACAAUGUUGAAAACGAUAUUUUGUUAAAAUGCGAGUAUGAAGUAAAAAAAAUGAAGAGUAUCAAGUUAAAUAGCUAUUCUACUCUUUAUGACAUUCUCUUCAAAGAUCCUAAUGAAAUGGCAUUAUAUGUAGAAAAUGAGAAUUUUAAAAAUAUUGUACAAGCAAGUAACUUUAAAAGUGAAUUUCCACAGUAUAGAUAUUUAUUAGAAUUACAACUGAGAAAAGGUAAAACAAGAAGUGAACUGAUGAAUCCUGCAAAGGAAGCUUUGGAGUUUAUAUUAGGCGUCAGUUUACCUGAUGCAUGUUCAGAGAGGAUUUUUAGGUAUCUCUGCAACAGAAAUUUAAAGGAUCUGAUAAAAGCACAAAAUUCUCAUAAUUAGAGCCACGUGCUUAAAAGCUUUUUUGUGAUUAACUGUUUUGUUUCAGAGUUAAAAUGUUACUAUUUUGGCUGUAUUAUACGUGAAAAAUUAAUUAAUUAAUUUUAUGUUUAACAUUGAAUGUAGUACAAAAUAAAUGUAACAGAUAAAAAUCUAUUUUUUGUAUAAAACAUAAAUUAAGCAUUUAUUAUUUAAAAAA